GUGCGUGCGCGCGCGCGCGCGCGCCGCCAACCUGGGGACGUUCGAGGCGCGUUUGGGCGGGAAUUCGGGAGCAACGGGCGCGAUUUGGCGGUUAUUUCCUCUCAAGGAAGCGGUCAGAGGCGCGGUGGUUCAUGGACAGUGGCUUGUGGUUCAUUCUCCUCACGUUUCGAAAUAGGGCAGCGACGACAGAAGGAAUCCCAAUGGAAAGGGGCCUUAAAGGCACAAAAACUUGAAAUAUGCCGCUAUUUUUAUUAUUUGUUGUAUUCGUUUCACACAAAAAAAUUAUACACGGCUUAUAUACACGACCCUCAAAAGAGGUUUACGGGAGAUAAAACAGGAAAAUCAAGAAAAAAUUCGCAGCCAUACUUUUUAAAUACGUUAAAUUACUCAGGUUAAAAUUUAGAGAUGUUUCUCACUUUUUUUAUUUUUAAAAAAGCAAGUUAUGCCUGUGCGCCUCUUUGGGAGGAGGGCAUUGCCCUGAAAGAAGGCAAAGAAAUAUUUGAAAUAAAAAAUUCUGAGGAACGUGGGACGGUUGGGUCUCCACUACUGCUAACUAUGGAAACACAAGCACAGUUUGCCCAGCAAAGGGCAUUCCACAAGGGCUGAGCUGCUUCUCACGGGGUAGAUCCCUGGAAGAGAAGGAGAGGUAUGUUGCACAAGAACAGGGCCAUCCUUAAUGUAUUGAUCUGUAAGCUCUAGGAAUGUAUGCGGUGAUAACUGAAGGGUGUAUGCCUUAUUUUAAUUGUCAGUUUAUGGGUUAUGAUUUGUAUGUGAGAAAUGCCUUCAGUCAGAAGUCAAGCAAAAGGAAGUGGGAAGCUCAAUGUGCCACACAUGCUGCAAUGCAUUUCAAAUGUGCCUGGUUGUGUGUACAGUGGUACCUCGGGUUAAGAACUUAAUUCGUUCUGGAGGUCCGUUCUUAACCUAAAACUGUUCUUAACCUGAGGUACCACUUUAGCUAAUGGGGCCUCCUGCUGCCGCCGCGCCACCGCCAAACAAUUUCUGUUCUCCUCCUGAAGUAAAGUUCUUAACCCGAGGUACUAUUUCUGGGUUAGCAGAGUCUGUAACCUGAAGCAUCUGUAACCCGAGGUACCGCUGUACACUUACUUGAUUAUACGCAUGCAAUUCAAGUAUGUGCUGGAUUAUAAAUAUUAAAACCAACUACUCGUGCUGUAAAUGCACAUUAGAUUGCACAGUUGGAAAUUAAAGUUGGUACUUUAUUCAGCUAAGUUUUGCUCAGAGGCCUAGAUUCAGAUAAUGAGUCCCACUGGGAAACUUCCCAUUCCACCCCAAACCGGCUGUGGGGUGGUGGUGGUUGGGAGAACCCCUAGAACAGCACACAGGGGUAGGAGACGGGGGGUGUGGUUCUGUCUGGCAAGUCGAAAUGCUUGCACUGAUGAAACAAUUACCCUAGCACUAUAUUCCUUCCACUGUAUACCCAUUGAAAUCAACAUGACUUAGGUCCAUUUGUUUUAGUGGGUCUACUCUGAGUAAAACUUAGCUGAAUACCACCCAAACAGUGCCAGCCAGGGUUACCUGCCUUUUCCCAGUUGCCACUCACAGGCUGCUGUCUUGUUUAAGCUUAUUUGGGAGUAGGCCUCCAUUUAACCCAGUACGGUACUGUAGUAUGUACUAUUGAAUAAAAAUACAUAGAUUGCUCUAAAAAUGCCUUGUGGAGAAGAUGUAUUUUUCUUGAAUUACUGAAGCUAAUCUGGCACAGCUAAGGCUUCAGAAAGAAACAUGGUCGCUAGAACAUGCAGGUGAGUGACAGCACUAUCCCAAGCACAGGAUGCUAUCCUACACUGAAUCUGACCCUUGGUCCAUCUAGCUCAGGACUGUAUGCACUGACUGGCAACAGCUCUCCAGGGGUUUAGACUGAAGGCAUAGCCAGGUUUUUUGUUGUGGGGAGGCAGAACUUCAGUUUGCUAUGUAUUUUAUUUUUUUAAAUUGAUGGAGGGGCAGCUGCUCCUCCCUGCGCCCCCCUUGGCUACGCCCAUGGUUUUAGUUGACCCUGAGCACCUGCAUGCAAAGAAAAAAGUCCCAUAUAAAAGUAGCCAUAUUUAGGCUUCCUAAAUGUUGGAUGUCUCACAUCAAACCUUCACAGCUUCCCUGUUGAUGCUAUUUCCUUCAAACUGGUUAAUUUUUUUUGGUAAGCCACCUUGCGGGAGUUGGUAGUAGAAAGGUAAGAUGUAAUAUAUUAUUGACAUGUCUAAUAUUCAGUUCUACUGGCUGUUUAUGUCUACAGGGAAGAGUCAUCACUCAGUAAUAAAAGACUUGCUGUGAGAAACUAUGGAGAGUGGCUGGCAGUUGGAGCACCCUAGACUACACUAGGUGGAUCAGUGACUUGACUCGGUAAGUGUAUAAAUUUAUAAAUCAAAUCAGGUCUGUUCUGCUCACCUCAAGUUAUGAUUACAACUGGAACGUAUGCUCUUCUGAGCGUUGAAAGAAUGGUAUAGCCAGAGACAUAAUAUGCACCUUUGUUAUCCAUGAAAAUCUUUUAAUAAAAACAAAUUUAAAAAACAAAACAAAAUAUCAUCACAAAAAAGUGCAAAAUAUCCUACUUCAUUCAUUCUCAAUGUUAGAUAGAUAGAUAAUUUAUUAUGGUCAGAGACCAGCUUAUAAAACACACUUGGGGGUACAGUCACAAAGGAAAACAAACAAUUAAAACAUUGUACAACAAUAAAUUUAAAAACAAUGUACAACAAUAAACUACUGCAGGGAGCUGACCCAGAGUCACCCAUAGAACGGAGUUUGGGGAUUUUCUUAACAAACUGGUUCGAGUUGGGAGAUGGUCUGCGCCUACAGAUCUGUACACAGAAUCUAGUGACCAUCCAGGUCAUCUUCUGAUCUUUGCCUAACAGGAAAAGGUCAAAUUUUUGCUUUUCCAGGAGGUCAGCGAGCCUCACCAGUAGGGGAUCAAUGGUCUUACUACGUGCCUCUUCAUAAAAAGGACAUUUAAAGAACAAGUGCUCUGGGCUUCCUAUCUCCCCCAGUGAACAGGUGCAAAGUCUCUGAGCGUAUGGGACUUUUUUAAAGGCUCCUUCCAGGACCGGCGAGGGCAGGGCCGAGCUUCUGGCGAGUGUAAAGGCCCUUCUUGCAUUUUUAGAUACGAGAAAGAAGAGAUACGCUGCCGGUGCAGCUUUAUCUCUCUCUGUUUCUCCAGUUUUAUAGUCGGGGCACCUUGAGCAGUCCCAUUGUCUCUCGGUGUCUAUGAUUCUUUUCCUGAUCAUAGCUUUUGCCUGGCCCAACCCCAGGCUUAGAAAGGCUUGAGGGGCAAAACCCAGUUUCUGAAGGGUGUUCAGGACUGCUGUCUGCCAGCCUGACUGGAACUGGUCGCAGAGGAUCAGUGGGGCUAUUCCUCGGGGGAGCAGAUUCAAUGUCAGCCAUUUGUGGAUUGAUGUUAGGCAGAUAUAAGCCUCCACUCUCAUCAUCCCCGUUUCUAGUCUGACCCAUGCGUUUGAAACGCAUCUGGGGACUUGUAGGAGAGCUCUAAGGAGUUUGGAUUGAACUCUCUCAAGAGGGGAGAAAGCAGAGGAAGGCGGCCCCAGAAAGGAUCCAUAAAGGAGCUGUGCCAAUGUUUUGGCCUUGUAUAAUUUUAGAGCCGCGGGGACGAAAAAGCCCCCUUGUGCUCUGAAAAAUUUAAGAAUACAAUUUGCGGGUUUUUCCGCUGAGCUCCCAAUGGAGUUUAUGUGAAGUCUGUUGGUUCCUGAGGCCUGUACCACCAUUCCUAGAUACUUAUGAUUUGUGACUUGUUCUAAUUUAUGGCCUUGGAGUUCCCAGCUUCUAAGCGUUGCUUUUUUCUCAAUUUCUUUUUCACCCAUGCCCAGUUUUAGCUAACAUAAAAAUCAUAUGCCUCCUUCAAACCUGUCUACCCUAGUUAGAUUACUAGAUUUUUCAAAUAGAUUAAAAUUUUGUGGCAUGUGAGAAUUCUACCACUGAACCACCAAUGCUUUGACUUUUUAAAAAACAAAAACUAAUAUUGUACAUACUUUUUGGAAGCACACAUGCCUCCUUAGUUCAUCAUGUGCAAACCUUUAAUACACUGGAUGUGGCGUUUGCCCAUUCAUUUAGAAAAUGUUUGAACAGGAGGGAGAGAUAGGGUUAAAAAUAGAGACCAAUAGGAAAGCCGGAGGCGGAGCCUACCUGUGUAUAAAAGGGCUUAGCCUGAGGUUUGAGGAGUUGUUGUUGUUGGAGUUGUUGGUGGGUAGUUGGUUGGUUUUAGUGGGUUGGCUGGCUGGGAAAGGCAGUUGGAGAAGCAGUUGGUAAUAGAGAGACAGUUAGGGCAGUGGGUUCUUGCGUGAGAGGAGGUAGAAGAGCUAGAGAGAGGAAAAUAAGACUAAGAAAGUAAAGAGUAACAACGUUUGGAAUGCCAGAAAACUUUGUUUGUGUCUGAAAUAAAAUACACUCUUCUUUAUUAAUUGAGAACCUGACUGAGGCUGAAGUGAUUUUACCGGGGAGGACCUGGUUGGUGGCAGCGGAUUAGUGGUGUACGGGUCAAUAGUCCGUGAGACGACCGGGGGCUCUGUAUGAACGCUACACUAUUCUACUUGAUAGGGGAGAAUAUGUCUUAAAUGGACAAACCAUGCCUUCCAUAUAACAUACACAUUUAUGAUUUAAACUAUUAAAGGUCUGCUUAAAGACAAGCUACAAUAGACACCUACGAUUUGUGAAUUGUUUCUAUAGCAGCUGGAUAUUAUAAGAACUAUUAUUUAUGAAUUGGUGCCUCAGUUUGUUUUUUCACGUUCUUUACCUUUUCAUUUGUGGGUGGGUGGGUUUUGAUUUUUUUUUAAGCAUGUGGCAUUGGCAAGCUGUUCUGGGUGCCUUAUUGGCUGAAGACCAGGGUACAAAUGCUCAAAAUAAUAUUAAGCAAGCAGGACAAUACAGACAUAACUGAAUUUGUAAAACAAUCUAAUUUGAAAUUAGGUAUUUGAAAGUGGAACCCCUAGCUGUAUGUUGUACUGUAUGUUGUUCAAUAUUCUAGCUACCAAUUCAGCAAUGACAAU